AAAAGGACUAUAAAUUAAACCGGAAACAAAUUUCCCGAUCGAGAGAGCUUCUUCGGAAAUGGCAAACAAGCUAAUCAGCGAGAUGGGGCUCCCCAAAUCGAUAGCUAACGUAUUUUCUGCUCGGAACAUCCUCACCGCCAAGGAUGCAUUGUCACUGAGUGAGUUUGAGUUAAUGGAGUUGAUGGAUGUUGGAUUGGAAGAGGUUAUGGCUGCAGUAGGACAUAUUAGUGAAAUUUCAUGUCCACCUUAUCAAACUGCUUUGUCGUUGCUGGAGCAGCGAAACCACAAUGAGUACCUAGCAGGUCAUCUCCCCACUGGCUUAAAAGGUCUUGAUGCAGCUCUGUGUGGUGGAAUACCAUUUGGCGUUGUGACUGAGCUUGUUGGUCCUGCAGGGAUAGGGAAAACACAAUUCUGCCUGAAGCUUGCUUUGCUUGCAUCAUUGCCUACUUCUCAUGGAGGAUUAGGUGGCCGAGUAAUAUAUAUUGAUGUGGAAUCCAAAUUUAGUUCAAGAAGGAUUAUAGAAAUGGGGCUCAGUAGUUUCCCAGAAAUAUUUAACAUGGAAGGCAUGGCUCAACAGACUUUUAUAUGGCAGAUGGCUGGAAGGAUUCUGGUUCUGCAGCCAGCAUCAUUAUCUGAAUUCACCGAAAGCUUGCAGAAAAUAAAGGUUUCUCUACUCCAGCAUGAUGUAAAGCUGCUUAUAAUUGACAGCAUGACAGCACUUGCUUCUGGGGAAUAUGGUCAGGGACUCCCUAAACUAGGUUGGCACAUCUCUUUUAUCAAAUCCUUAGCAGAAUGUUGUCGGAUUCCUGUGGUGGUGACCAAUCAAGUAAGAUCUCAAGUUCGUGAUGAAGCCUCCCGAUAUGUAUUCCAAGGGCACGGCAGAGCCGACACUUUAGAAGACACUUCAAAAGUUGAAUAUCAUCUUGUUGCUGCUCUGGGAAUUCACUGGGCUCAUGCAGUUAGCAUACGCUUAGUUCUAGAAUCUAGGUCAGGAAAAAGGCUUAUAAAGAUAGCAAAAUCUUCUAUAUCUCCAUCUCUGGGGUUUUUCUUCAGAAUAGAUGCAUCUGGGAUUUCGUUUCUUAACAAUGAAGGAGAGGAAAUGACUGGCCCGGAAGCAAACUCAAUUCAUUGCCAAGGCCAGAGUGCUAUAAUCAACUAUGAUCAUGAAGCACUGCAAUAAGAAACCUAGUAUUAUAGAUGAUAAGAGCGAGGUGCAGUCAACUAUUUGGCCUCAGUAUUGCUUGUGUUCCCAUAGUUGUUGCUUCUGGUCUCUCCUCAUGGAUAUCAUUAUGCAAGAAGAGACCAGCCAUACGAUGAGGAUGACUUUAUGCUGAAGUGCAUGAUCCGUCCAUGAUGCUCCUUGUGGGAAGUAUUAUCAUUUUGAUAAUAGAUGACUAACUCUAGAACACAGACAUGUUGCAGGCAAUAUGACACACAUCUGACUCGUAGAAGUUUUCAAAUGUAACUUAGAAUUUACAUUUGUUUGACUUGCAAAAUAUGUGAUGUAGACAAACCAUUCUAAUAGUAUAAUCUGUACUCUGAAUGAUUCAGAUCUCUAAACACAGUUAGCAUUCUGCAUAUUGGCUGUUUUGGCCUCAAUCAGGGCCUCAAGUAAAGAGAGGUUUGCUGUAUUGCUAGUUAUCCUUGCUGAUGAGUCACUUUUGAUCUUCAGGGGUGAAGGUAUGCGUUUAGGAGAUAUUGCUGUUUGCAUAUUAAUCAACUUUGUAUGCUUGGAGCACAGUAAGUUGUGAGACAGGAGAGAUCUUUAUUUAACUCGAAGUGGCAUGAGUGUGAAGUGAAACUAGAAUCCACUAAGCUGGUGGAUCAUGAUAUUUUUUUGUAAGCUUGCUAAUUUAUCCUGCCUUUUUCCAAGUGCACCACUACAGGUAAUGAAUUGUCCUGUUUAUGACCUAUUAGCAUCUAAAUAUAAUUCAUUAUUUUUAUCUUCA